CUAUCAUGACUAUGUAAAAUUACAAGUUCACAAACAAAAACAAAUUUUGUCGUAAAACGAUAUCAUAUAAACUAGAAAUUUUCCUAUAUUCCAUUAAAAAUCUUUCAAAAUGGUUUGCGAAAAAUGUCAGAAAAAACUUGGAAAGGUUAUUACUCCUGAUCCAUGGAAGUCUGGUGCAAGAAAUACAACAGAGGGAGGUGGUAGAUCUGUGAAUGAAAAUAAAGCUCUUACUAUGAAAAAGAACAGAUAUUCCCCAUAUAGUACAGCUUUUGAGAAAUGUAGAAUCUGCAAGUCUUCAGUACACCAGAAAGGUUCACACUACUGUCAGGGUUGUGCAUACAAAAAAGGUAUCUGUGCAAUGUGUGGGAAGAAAAUCAUCAACACAGCAAAUUAUAGACAGUCCUCCACUUAAAGUCUGCUGUGAUCAUGUAAUUAUGACACUGACUUGAUCAUCUAGCCUCAGUUUUAUCAAACAAAUUCACUGUGAAUCAUCAAAAAUUAUCUGUUUGUCAGAAUCUGUUAAAACUUUGUAAAAAAGGAAAAUCCCUUGCAGCUUUCUUGUCAGAAUUAAAUAAUUUGAAGCUUAAUAACAAGCGUGAAUGCAUAUCUUACAAAGCAAAAAUUGUUAUCCUUUUUUAGAAAAAGUCCAGCUAUUAUUUUUAUCUAAUCGUCGUUGUUGUACAAAAACAAUGUACACAAUUAUUCAAACAUUUAAAAAGGUAUCAAUAUGAAACUGUGAAUGCUUGCAGUUAUUUGACAAGGGGCAUGAUUAUGAAAACAAUAUUUUUGGAUUUAUGUCCCUUUUUUACUUAUAAUUUUUAACAGACAAGUGUUAACAUACUUGUUUAUAUUUAUACAGAUUGUAUUAGGUUUACUGAUUAAGGAUAUUAAAAAGUGGUUUUAAUGCCUUCUUAAUUGACAUUUUAUGAACCAGAAAUAUUACUUGUUAAAAUGCUGGUUAAAAUAUUGUAAACUUUGAUUACAUAUUUAUGAGACAUUGGUUUACAAAGCUAUGAUCACUUUGUUGCAGAUAGCAUUUCUAAUUAUAUUUUUCUGUAACAUUUGAUCUCUUCAUGCAGACAGAUAAAUUCUGUUCUGGUAACAGAUAAUUUUGGGGGAAAAUAAAUCCUUUACUGAAUAAAUAGAUAUUGCUGAAUGGAAGUCAUUUUUGUGAUUGCUACCUUUUAAACUGUGCUAAUUUGUCUGAUCAUUCAUAUUUUUAUUACACAAAAGCUUUUAAAUGUUCUUAAUCAUAUAGCAAAAAGAAGCUGGUUUUCAAAUAAUAAGAUUGGGUGUAAUAUAUAAUAUUAUACAGUCAAAAUUGUGUAAAGCAGCCCGCAAAUAUGGCAAAGUUAGCUGCAUGUAACAGUUGGCUGCUUACUGGCUGCACAUGUAACAGUUUGCUGCAUAUGUAACAGUUUGCUGCAUAUGUAACAGUUGGCUGUAUAUGUAACAGUUGGCUGCAUAUGUAACUGUUUGCUGUAUAUGUUACAGUGUGCCACAUAUGUACAGUUGACUUGAUAUGUAACAGUUUGCAGCAUAUGUAACAGUGUGCAGUAUAUGUAACAGUUGGCUGCAUACAACAGUGUGCUGCAUAUGUAACAGUUGGCUGCAUAUGUAACAGUUGGCUGCAUAUGUAACAGUGUGCUAAAAUAUGUAACAGUUGGCUGUAUAUGUAACAGUGUGCAGUAUAUGUAACAGUUGGCUGCAUAUGUUACAGUGUGCCACAUAUGUACAGUUGACUUGAUAUGUAACAGUUGGCUGCAUAUGUAACAGUGUGCUGCAUAUGUAGCAGUUGGCUAAAUAUGUAACAGUUGGCUGCAUAUGUAACAGUGUGCUAAAUAUGUAACAGUUGGCUGUAUAUGUAACAGUUGGCUGCAUAUGUAACAGUUGGCUGCAUAUGUAACAGUUGGCUGCAUAUGUAACAGUGUGCUAAAUAUGUAACAGUUGGCUGUAUAUGUAACAGUUUGCUGCAUAUGUUACAAUGUACUACAUAUGUACAGUUGACUUGAUAUGUAACAGAACAGUGUGCUGCAUAUGUAGCAGUGUGCUGCAUAUGUAAAAGUUUGCUGCAUAUGUAACAGUUGGCUGUAUACUGGCUGCAUACAACAGUUUGCUAUACAACAGUUGGCUGCAUGAAACAAACUGAUAUCCCAAAUUUAUUUAUACCAAUAGUAUGUAAGCCAAAAAAAACAAAACAUAAUGACAUAUACAUGUACAGUGUCAGUUUUUAAUUAUUUUAUUAAUGUAUUUUUUAUGAUUAAUUCAUCAUGAAAAAAAUCAUAUUGUAUAAAUGCAUACAAGAUUAUGUCAGACAAUAUCUUUCAUCAUUAAUAUUGUGGUCAUUUAUCAUUUCUUUGGUGUUGUUUUAUUUGAUGAUUGUAAUUCAUUGAAGACACAUUGGUUUUGAAAAGUAUUUUUUUGUGAUCACAUUUUUUUAAAUAUAACAAACAGUGUAUAUGUGAGUGUAAAGAUAACAUUAGAUUUAUUGCGUUUUUGUCCAUACUUGUCUUAUGAAUGACUGUAUUUUGAAGCUUUGAAUUUAUUAUAGCCUGAAAAUGUAAAUGUUUGAUGGUGAAUUGCAGUUUUCUGAUAUAUAUGUAAAUACUGUUUAAGUAACUUGUCAUUGAAUUGAAAUUAUGUAUAGUAUGUGAUUGUUUUGAAAAAUAAAAUGUUCAAAAUUUGGAGAA